GGAUCAUAAAAUUCAGUCAUUGUUGUUCACUGAAGCCGUUCGGGUGGUGCAGUGCUUUUUGUGAAUUAUUUUCAAAAUUUAUGGUUCGGUAAAGCUGUAUCAUUGUCUGCAUUGGUUGUUAUUGUCGUUAAUGAGAUAUAACAAAAACGUUGAUACGAACGACUGUCAGAAAUUGAAUUUAACAAAAAAAGAAAAUGUUUACAAAUUGGCUAACACCAACAACCGCAGCAACUCCACCUCCCGAUGUCAUUAUCGAAAUUGGACCGCCACCGCAUACGAGAUUCAUCGCCCACAGUAGUCUAUUAUCGGCACACAGUGGCUAUCUGCGUUCAGCUAUUCGUCCCGAAGAGAGAAACUUCGACAAUCCCGUUUACCUUCCCAAUGUUACAGCGGAACAGUUUGCACCGCUGCUAACUUAUAUGUACACCGGAUACUUGGAUCUGAGCAUGGAGAAUAUCUUCGGAGUACUUUUGGCAACGCACGUUUUGCACAUGCCACGAGCGUUAGAAAUUUGCAGAGCCUUUUUGUCGCGUACCCAGACUGAAGGAUAUUUGGGCAGUUCGUUUCUACCGACAAUUAGCGACCAUAAAACAAACGUUGCAUUCGGGGCCAAAAUCAUUCGACCGAUUGCAAGUAAAGCCGCGAUACCCGGUAUCGGUUUCAUAUCGCCACCAACAUCCAGCAUUUCAUUACCGAGCCGAGACACCCAAUUCAAAAGUAUUCAUCAAGAACGUGAACGUUCGCCGAUAGCUACAUCAUCAAAGAAAGUUACGCCUCCGCCGAAAAUUAAGGAAACAAAUAAGAAAACUAGUCGGUCCAAGCGCUCGUCUGUCACUACCCCCACACAAGUGGAACGGAAAGAAGUACGUGAGGUCAAAGAGAUUAGGGAAUCAAAAUCUAAACCAAAGCCUAUAAUUGCCGAAGAACCCGUCAAGGUGGAAGAGAAUUACAACAAAAUUAUAAUCGACAUAGCCAGUUGUGACGGUCCAGUGAGAUUCCGGCGUGUUUUGAAUGAGGCCUACGGCAAGCAACCAUUACCGAAUCAGUCGACCCAUCGACCAUCGGAACGAAAUCAACAAAAUCUGGUGACAUCCUUCCAUCUCCAAAUGGCAAAGACAAUCAGCGAACAGCACCAACAACAGAAUACAGCAGACGAAGAAUCGGAGAAUAGUCAAGAGAUUAUUGUCAACGAUCCUCCCAAUUCGCAAGCGAAUAGUAAAUCGUCGACGACGGCGACAGAAGAGGUGUACAGUUGUGUGUACUGCAAGCAUACGUUCAAGAGUCAAUACUGUUAUCAGAAGCAUGCCAAGAGACAUAUCAAUCCGUUGAGCAUUGACAGUGAAUUGGUGGUGGAGACAUUGGAUUCGGGCAGUGAGAAGGAAGAGAAAGGUAGCAGUUCUAGUGGUUCAGCUGUAAAACGAGAAGUACGACCAUUGGACAUGAAUGUGCAGUAUUAUCCGUGCAAGACGUGUGGCAGUAAAUUUCCCAGUUAUUAUUUUGUGCACAAGCAUCGGAAACUGUGUCAUGCCAAUGAGGAGAAUUGAACUUUUUUUUAAUGUUUAACGCUAAACCAGUACAAGUUGUUAGUAAUAGUAUAACGGAAAUUAUGCAGGUAAAAUAAAAGAAAUUUGAUCUUGUGAUGAACAUAUCAAUCAAGAAAAAUUGUUGGUUUAAU